GAAAUCCUUUUAUGGUCAGAUCACCACGUGACUGAAAGCGCGCUCCAAUCACUUUGCCAACUUGUUGUGCAUGAAGUUUUGAAACCAGCAGGCAGCGCUGGGCAUGGUUACGUUGUUGCCUCUAGCCACUUACAAAUGUAACUAUGUUGCUAUUAUAGCACAAACAACUAUGAAUUAACUAAAAAUAUACGGGUAUAGUUGUGGACUAUCGAGUAAGAAAUGGAGGGCAAAAUAAUCGGACCAGGACCUUACAGGGCUACCAAACUGGUAAGAUCAAUGGCUUGUUCGUUAACGAUAGUGUGUAGCAGGAUAUUAGCCGAGUAACGUUUAACUUGUGAUUUAAGCCCCGACUGAUCUGCAUUGCCAUUCCAAGGCUUAUAUCUGUGUGGUUGGUAACAUUAAAGAAUCUUUACUCUUGUUUUGACGGCGGGCUUAAUUCCAUGCAGUGGAACGAGACGAUCAGACUGUUUCGUGGUGGAAUGCCAUCGCGGCGGCACUGGCUACAUUUCCGUAGUUAUGACAACAGCUUCACGGGUUCCGAAGCCAUCGACUGGCUGCACGAGCUGUUGAGGAGGAACCAUAACUUUGGGCCCGAGGUCACCCGGUACCAGACCCUUCAGUUGCUCAGGAAAUUCUUGAAGAACCAUGUAAUUGAGGACGUUAAGGGCCGGUUUGGCAAAGAGGACUUUGAGGACAAUGGCCAUUUGUACAGAUUCCCCCCUGAGUCACCGUUGAAGCCGUUUCCCCAGAGGUCGAGGGAGAGGGGCAGUUGGGCCCUGCCUAGACUGCCGCGCUGGGACGACUAUGAAGAUGUCCCUACCCAGGGGACUGUCCCCCUAAAGCCACUCGUACUGAACUCGGACACGUGGAAUAAGAGGCAUAGCAUUGCCAUCGGAGAGGUGCAUGAGUGCAAACUGGUCAAGAGGAAAGAGAUCACAGCCAAACACCUGGAUCAGGUGUGGAGAGCCAUGACGCAGUCAGAGCUACAGCGUGUGCUGGGUCUCCAGUCUCUGGAUGGCAUUCUGGUAUCCAAGGACAUCAACCCCAAACACAUCAUACACAAUGUCUACUGCAUCAACAAGCAAGGGAUAGUGGUCCUCAAGAACAAAGCAGAGGACCUUCCUCACUGGGUGCUGUCCGCCAUGAAAUGCCUGGCCAACUGGCCCAACGGCUGUGACGGCAGGCAGGCCUCGUACCCGGGUUUCGAGCGAGACGUCUUCCGCACGGUGGCCGAACACUUCCAGAGGCUCAAGGAGCCACUCCUCACCUUCCAACUCUACGAGGUCUUCGUCAACAUACUGGGUCUUCUUCAGAGAGAGGAGGUAGCGACGGAGGCAUUGCAGGUGUGUUGUGUUCUGCUGCCUCCUGCUAACCGGCGUAAACUACAGCUGCUACUCAGACUGAUGUCCCGAGUCUGCAACAACCCCACACUACCAGCCCUCAACGACGCUAUAGCCACACGCACACUGAUGGCCCAGACGUUCUCGCGCUGCAUCUUGUCCUCCAGUGACGAGGUGGACCUGGAUGAGCUGCUGGCCACCAAGCUGGUGACAUUCAUGAUGGAACACCAGGAGGUGGCGCUACGACCCCCGUCAAGACUACAGGCGGCAGUGGAGGAACACAUCAGCCAACUGAGAAGGGUACAGAUCAAGUACGCCGGUGCGGACACGGACACCUGCGUAUCAUCUCCGAGGGGCCCGCCCACCUUCUGUCGCCAGAUCAGCCGCGAGGAGUUCGAGGAGCAGCGAGUUCAGGGGUCACGCAGCGCCAUCGUGGACCUGCUGGAGGGCAUCGUCACGGAUACGCACAUGACCCCCAAGGACAGGAAGAAGAAGAUGAAGCAGUUCCAGCGGUCAUACCCGGACAUCUACGCACGCCGUUUCCCGACCGCAGAGAGCGAGGCCGCCGUGCUGAAGGACAAGGAGAGGGACAAACAGAGGGAGAAGGAGAAGCAGAGGGAGAGAAGAGAGGAAGCGGAUGAGAGGAAGGAGAACGAGAAGGAGAGAGAGAAGGAGAAGGUUAGGGCUCCUAAGUUGAUGCCCCAUCUGGUGUUCCGGUCCUUUAAGAAGCCCUUCUCCCUGCCCUCGGCAGCCAACCCAUUCCAACGCAGCUGGAGCUUCCGCACGUGAGACUGCGGGGGGCGCCAGAGACACAUACCAGAGACCCAGAGGUACACUAGACACAGGUUCACUUGACGCACACAAAUAUUAGUGCUAAAACACUGGUAUACUAGGGCCACACACACCAUAUUGGUACACUAUGGCCACACACACACACACACAGGUACACUGCAGGUCCUCCAAACACAAUAGCUACACACGCGCACACACACUCGGCCACACAGAAAGUACUUUAUAUUCAGCAGUACCAAUG